CGGCGUCGGUUGCGGUUAAGCACUACGUGCGCGCGAACGCGGCAUAUUUUGGUCAAGUUCAAAGAAAGUGAGUUUUGGUUCAGUGACAACUGUUACAGAAGAUCCGAUAAAAUAGUGUUUUAUGGAUAGUUCGUCAAACUCAGUUUAUGCUAAGUUCAUCUAACAAACAGCUGUAGUGUCGUUGUGACCCAUAAAGUGCAAGUGUCGUUUAUAUUGGAACACAGCCAACGUGAUCGAAGAUGGGGAGGUUUCCGAGAUUAUGUCCGAAUGGACGAUGCUUCAGAUUCACCUGGACACCAACCAAUGAAAACUACAUGCAAGCCCUGCCCAAACCUAAAGAAGCUAAUGAUGUUACAGAUGGAGUGCUGGUUUCAGAGAAGGAAAAAGAACCAGACAUAUUGAUCAUAAAAGAAAUAGAUCCUUGUAUAAACAUCAACGGAGGUCUCCAUCACACCUCGAAAUAUGAGCUGAUGAACAGAGAAAUUGACCCGCAGCUGGUUGUUAGAAGAGGACAAAACUUUACCCUGAAGCUUAUCUUGAAUAGACCUUAUGAUGAAGAAAGAGACGGGGUUUCGUUCAUUUUCACUGUGGAAGACGAAGAGAAGCCUUCACAUGGAAAUGGUACGAUGGUAGCUGUCCCGCUUUUGAAGAAAACUGACAGACACCUGCCAUGGAACGUAACCAUAGACGGCACAGAUGGCAAUACCCUGUCUGUUCAAGUGAAACCAGCACCGGAUAGCGUGGUGGCCAGAUGGAGAAUGGAUGUGGACACAAAACUGAUUGACAAUGGAGCGUACAGCUACAGUUGGACAACAGGCAUCUAUAUCAUCUUCAAUCCAUGGUGCAAACUGGACCAAGUGUACAUGAAAUCAGAUGAAUGGAAAGAAGAAGCGGUGCUGAAUGAAUCAGGAAUGAUGUGGAGAGGAACGUACAAUAGAGUCAAACCGGUAAUUUGGAAGUAUGAUCAAUUUGAGAAAGACAUUUUGGAUUGUUCGCUCUACUUGGUACGCGAAAUCGGAAAUGUAAGGAGCAAUUUCAGAGCAGAUCCUGUCCAUAUCACGAGGGCGUUAGCAGCGGCAGUGAAUGCAGCAGAUGAUCUCGGCGCUGUCCAAGGCAAUUGGUCUAACGAUUUCGGUGGGGGUACUCCUCCGACAAAAUGGAUUGGCAGCAAGGAAAUUCUACAGAAGUAUUACAAGAAGAAAAAACCUGUCAAAUAUGGACAGUGCUGGGUUUUCGCGGGAGUUCUAACUACUAUUUGCAGAGCAUUAGGAAUCCCAGCUCGACCAGUCACAAACUACUCUUCGGCGCACGAUACUCAGAACUCAUUGACAGUAGAUUACUUUGCCGAUGAAACCGGUGCAAUGGUAGAAGAGCUCAAUUCUGAUUCGAUCUGGACGUAUCACGUGUGGACCGAAGCUUGGAUGGAAAGACUGGACUUGGGCGCUCAUUACGGCGGUUGGCAAGCUAUCGAUGCUACGCCCCAGGAGCUCAGCGGUGAAAGUUACAAAUGUGGGCCCGCUUCAGUAGUAGCAGUAAAAAUGGCAGAGAUACUCAAACCAUAUGACGGAAAUUUCUUGUUCGCAGAAGUCAAUGCCGAUAAGAUAUUCUGGAAGUAUUCUGGACCAACACAACCGUUGAAACUGCUUCGAAAAGACAUACAUGGAAUAGGAAAAAUGAUAUGUACGAAAUCGCCAACCUCCUUCGAAAGAGAAGAUAUAACUUAUACAUACAAGCAUCCAGAGAAGACAGUUGAAGAGAGAACGACGAUGCUCAGAGCUCUACAACAAACCAGAAACUUGUUUUCCAGGUACUACCUGAACGAAGAUUUCAACGACAUCCAUUUCAACUUCAAACUGCUGGAUGACAUCAAAAUCGGCCAAACGUUCAAUGCUUGCAUGGAAAUGAAAAACAGAAGCUCUAACAAGGAGUACAAGGUGACAGUUACCUUGAGAGUAGAUACGGUGAGUUACACAGGAAGAAUGGGCGACAAUGUUAAGAGUGAAACAUUCGCUGUUUCCAUUAAACCAAAUUCGACGCAAGAAGUCAAACUGCCGGUCACUUACGAAGAGUACUCCAAACACCUGCUGGAUCAAUCAGCGUUCACGAUUUCCUGUAUGGCUACGAUUGAAGACACGAAGUUUGAAUACUUCGCUCAGGAUGACUUCAGGAUCAGGAAGCCGGAUAUCAAGAUUGUAUUGAAAAACCCACCGGUGAGAAAUCAUGAAGUGACAGCCGACAUUUAUGUGGAGAAUCCGCUGCCAGUGUCGUUGAGGAAGGGCGAAUUCACCAUUGAAGGACCAGGAAUUGAAAGGAAGUUGAAAAUAAGAAUAAAAGAUGCAGUGCCACCCGGGGGACAUGCCAAAGCACAGUUUACAUUCACACCUCAAGCUAGUGGUAAAGAGACAAUCGCGGCAAAGUUUGUGUGCAGAGAGAUGGACGAUGUUGAUGGGUAUCUAGAGAUUAAUGUUGACGAACCAAAAGAACAGAAUGGGCAAUAGGAUAUUGGAAGACGUAAAACGUCUUCAGAUCCCAAAAUUAUACCUUGACGAAGACAAAAGCAAAUUCAGUAUGAGAAUCAUUACCUCGUGAAAAUAGAUGUUCUUGAGCAAUAAUACAGUUUCGUAGGGUUUGUGAUGCAUAGAGGGAUAUGCUUAGAACAGGAAAGAUGCAAUUAAGUCUCGCGAUGAUUCACACAAAAGUCAUAAAUUCGGUUCAAAAGCAAUAAGCAAAUUUUGCAAUUAAAAAUGAGAUUUUUGAGGUCAGAAAAGUUUGUCAUUAAUAAAAUAAAUAGCAUAUUGUACAUAUAUUAUUUCCACAGUAAACGAAUUUGUUAAAAUUGUUAUAACCUUCAUUUGAAAUGACAGUUGGGAGAUACUUUAUCCUUGUAACAUGGAAUUCCUUACAACAUACAACUUUGUAUGGGUUUUGCAUCGUAUAUUUGCGCACUAUCCAAGCUUUAAUUUUGUACUGCCAAAAUAUGAUGGACGAAUAAUUUAUUUUAAGUACAAACGAUAUAGGCAUGUAACAAACUACAUGCAGUAUACACAACAGUGUCGUUUUUCUGUAUCAUGGAAACCUGAAACGGUAUAUUUCACAUAAACAGAUUUCCAAGCACAUUGUAGACUGAUGAGUAACGUUAAGUAUUAAAUGUUUAAUGUUGGUUCUGUUUAUAACCAAUAGUACGUACUUUAAUUUUGAUGAUCCCGUUUUAUCAGUACGUUCCAGCAACAAUGUGGAUUUAAGUUGACAGCGAAAAUAAUAAAUGAUAUAAUUCAAUUUACCUGUUACUAAUAGUUAUCUUAUUGUUACACGUGCAUUGAUUUUUUAACACAUGAAUACAUGUUUUAAGCAGACAUCUAGAGUGUUUUAUUGAAAUAUCAUUACUACACAUUAUAUAGGGCUAAUAUUGGACUGCAAUACGU